AUGGGCGGCAAAUAUCACAUCAAAAACGGCACCGUCCUCUCCAUCGACCCAUCUUUGGGCACGAUCGAGAACUGCGACGUCCUCAUCGACGACCAUAUCAUCACCCACGUCGGCCCCAAUCUCGCACCCACAGCGCCAGAGCAAUACGCCGUCAUCGACGCCACUAACGCCAUAAUCUCCCCAGGCUUCGUCGACACCCACAGGCACACCUGGCAGACCCAACUGCGCACAAUCUGCUCGGACCACGUCCUAGGUGACUACUUCCUCCACAUCCGCAGCAUCUAUGGCUCCUGCUACAGCGACAAAGACGCGUACCUGGGGAAUUAUUGCGGCGCUCUGGAAAGUAUUGACAACGGAAUCACCCUCCUAAUUGAUCACUCGCAUAUUAUGAACUCUCCGGACCAUGCCGAUGCCGCGGUGAAGGGACUCAGGGAUGCGAAGAUCCGAGCGGUCUUCUGUUAUGGAUUGUACAUCAAUCCUGCCUGGCCAGGUUCUUGCAUGGACCAGGAUCGAGAGACCAAGACGCCUGAAUGGAGGUUUGAAGAUGCCAAGCGCGUGAGGGAGACGUUAUUCAAGUCGAACAAACCGACGGACCUGGUUCGUUUUGGUUUCGCGCCUGCGGAAAUCGAACGCGGGGGCAUUGACGAUGCCAUCAAGGAAGUCGAGUACGGUCGAUCAUUGGGUUCAGCCAUCAUCACCGGUCAUGUGUCGAUGGGUAAGUACGAUCGCGGUUUACAUUUAGUUCGGAACUUUGAAGAACGCAGUCUCCUUGGACCAGAUCUUCUGUUCAGUCAUUGUGCCAGUUUGCACGACGACGAGCUUGAGGCAGUUGGCAAACGUGGUGUUUCCCUCUCCAGCACCCCCGACACUGAAAUACAGAUGGGUAUGGGCCAUCCGAUUGCCUUCAAGGCAAAAGGCAAGGGGUGCACCGCUAGCAUUGGCAUCGAUGUGGUCUCGAACAACCCCGCCGAUAUGUUUCAACAAAUGCGGUUGUUACUUCAAGCCCAACGACACCUCGAACAUUACGCACAGGACGGCCCCCCGUGGACUAUCUCCAGAAGAUGCGCCGAGGUUUUGGAGAUGGCCACCAUGGGCGGUGCAAAAGCCGUUGGAUUAAAAGACGUCGUUGGGAGCAUCACGCCAGGCAAGAGGGCAGACUUGAUCAUUACGCGAUGCGACUCGACUAGGUUGACGCCGGUGCAUGAUCCUGUCGCCGCGCUAGUCCUGUAUGCAAAUGCCUCGGACAUCGACACCGUCUUAAUCGAUGGCGAAAUGGUGAAACACCAGGGCCAAUUGGUCGGCGUCGAUUGGCCAAAGGUCCGCGCCGAGCUGAGAGACUCGGCAGAGAAUAUUAUGCAGCGGUCCAAGAAGGCCCCCUUUGAGCAGAUCAAGGACGCCGUCAUUGCGGCCAUGAGAGCUUUUGCCGGCAGUGCCUAA